AUGCGAGGAUGUGUUGCACAUUGGGUUGACCUGCAGCCUCUGCCACCCCGACCCUUCUCGAGGGUAGCAGAGAGGGGGAUCGCCCACGCGUCCUGUUGCCUGCGCGCGCAGCCAAAGGUUCAAGAAGGAAACCUCUCGCGCACCGCCAACGGUUUAAGAAGGAAACUUCACAGUCCAGCGGAUGGGUCAAGAAGGAAGCCUCGCAGGACAGAGGAUGGUUCAAGAGGGAAACCUCAAGUCCAGGCCUGCGAUGCCAAGGCAACUGUGGUCUUUGCCCAUGAGAUUUUUUUCUCUCACAGCACCCACAUGAGCCAGACAGUCCAGAGGAUACUGGUGGCUGCGUCCUGGGCUUGUGCCUUCACCAAUGCACUGACCCAUACUGUGGCCUUAACUACCCUCAACUUUUGUGGACCCAAAGAAGUGAAUCACUUCUACUGUGACCUUCCCCAGCUCUUCCAGCUCUCCUGUUCCAGCACCCAGCUCAAUGAGCUGCUGCUCUUCGCUGUGGGUUUCAUAAUGGCAGGAACCCCUGUGGUUCUCAUCGUCAGUUCCUACAUCCACGUGGCAGCUGCAGUCCUGCGAAUCCGCUCAGCUGAGGGCAGGAAGAAGGCCUUCUCCACAUGCGGCUCCCACCUCACCGUGGUUUGCCUUUCUUAUGGGACAGGCAUCUUCAACUACAUGCGUCUGGGUUCAGAGGAGGCUUCAGACAAGGAUAAAGGGGUUGGGAUUUUUAACACUGUCAUCAAUGACAGGCUGAACCCACUCAUCUACAGCCUCAAACCUAAUGUUCAAGGUGCUCUGAGGUGA